GCCGCGAGUCCGUAUUCCCGAAUAACGAAUUGCUGUAGACUAGUAAAAGUGAAACAGAAAAUAUCGCCAAAGAACACCUUUAGAGAGUUGUAUACCGAGUGACAUGGAGCUUGCCCGCCAGCCCAGAUCCGCCAUCUCAGUCCGCUUAUUCCUUCGCUGAGCAAUGCGAGUACAUUGCCAGAUUGGACGAGACCUCAUACAGCGCGUACCCAUUAUCAGCCGUUGCCUUGCCAUAUGACGCGCCCUGCGACGACGCGACGUAUCAUCUUUUAACAUUUUCGCACACUAUCAUUUCAACAUGAGCUUCACUACUGCCCCCUCGUCGCCCAAGAUCGACGAGAUGUACGAGCCAUCUUCUCGUCGCCAAAGAGGCGAGAUGCCCAUCGCCAUUGUUGGCAUGAGUUGCAGGUUCCCGGGAGAUGCGACAAGCCCGGAGAGGUUAUGGAGGAUGUGUGCGGAGGGUCGCAGCGCUUGGUCCGAGAUACCGGCGGAUAGAUUCAACAAGGAUGCUUUUUACCACCCAUCAGGGGACAAGCCCACAACAACAAAUGUCAGGGGCGGCCAUUUCCUCGAAGAGGAUAUUGGGCUCUUCGACGCCACCUUCUUCGACAUGACCCCCGAGAUGGCUGCGACAAUGGAUCCCCAAUGUCGUCUACAGUUAGAGACUGUGUAUGAGGCUCUCGAGAAUGCUGGAAUGACUCUGGAAAAGGUCGCAGGGUCGGAGACCUCGGUUUUUUCCGGUGCAUUCUACAGGGACUACAUGGACAGCCUCCUCCGUGACCCUGAUGAGCUCCCCCGCUACGUAAUGGUUGGCAACGGUGCUACUAUGAUGGCAAACCGAAUCAGCCACUUCUACGACCUGCGUGGUCCUAGUAUGACAGUCGAUACUGGCUGCUCUACAGGCUUGGUUGCGUUACACCAAGCUUGCCAAAGUCUCAAGACCAACGAUGCCCGGAUGGCCGUAGUCGUAGGGGCUAACAUCAUCAUGAACCCGGAUAUCUUCGUUCUCUGGUCGAGCCUGGGGUUCUUGAGCCCUGAUGGGAAGUGUUAUGCCUUUGACUCCCGGGCGUCUGGGUAUGGGCGGGGCGAGGGUGUUUCCGCGCUGAUACUCAAGCCGCUCAGCGACGCUGUCCGCGACGGCGACCCUGUCCACGCCGUCAUCUCGCAGACGGCCUUAAAUCAAGAUGGUAAGACGCGAACAAUCACGUCGCCGAGCCAGCAAGCGCAGGAGGAUCUUAUGAGACUCUGCUAUGAGCGAGCCGGACUCGACCCGGCGGAAACGCCCUACGUCGAGGCACACGGUACAGGCACACAGGCUGGCGAUCCUACCGAAGCGGCAGCCAUCUAUAACGUGAUGUGCAGAGGGCGUACCAGGGAAGGUCCAUUAUACAUUGCCUCCGUUAAAACUAACGUUGGGCACUUGGAGACCUCGAGCGGGUUUGCAGCCAUUAUUAAGGUGGCCUUGGCCCUGGAAAAGGGUCUUAUCCCACCGAGUAUCAACUUCGAAGUUCCUAACGCGAAAAUCCCGUUAGACAAGUGGAACUUAAAAAUCCCGCGGAAAUUAGAGCCAUGGCCACGCGGUUUUCCUCGACGAGCAUCUAUCAACAACUUUGGCUACGGUGGUGCCAAUGCCCAUGUAAUCAUGGAGGCCUGGCAACCUCACCUCAGCGCGGCCGCGGACGAUACGAAGCCGGCCAGUGUUUCCUCACCUGCAACUACGCCCAGCCUAAGCGAGCCAGAGAAGUCGCCGGCGGUCGAAUCCCGCGUAUUUGUCUUGAGUGCGAGGGACGAAGUCGCCCUUCAGGGUAUGGUGGAGAAGUUGCAGGCUUAUGUCUCGGCCUCAGAGAUGGAGGAGAGCGAAUUUGUCGAUCGCCUCGCCCACACACUUAGCGAACAUCGGUCGCGGUUUGGGUAUCGGAUCACGUUCUCGGCCCCUGCUACUAAAGAAGGGAUACUCUCUGCUCUCCGCGGGGAGUCAGCUAAGCUCACCCCAGCUCGCUCUAGCAAGGUCCCAAGGAUCGGCAUGGUUUUCACGGGCCAGGGAGCGCAGUGGUAUGCUAUGGGCAGAGAACUGAUUGGUGUUUAUCCCGUAUUUACCGAUACGUUGAACGAGGCGGAUCAGGCGCUGAGAGAUAUGGGUUGUCCCUGGUCGCUAAUAGACGAGCUUACCAAGAGCGAGGCUGAGAGCCGCGUUAACGAUGUUGUGCUAAGCCCGCCGCUGUGCAUAGCCGUGCAAAUUGCCUUGUUCAGGCUCCUGGAAAGCUGGGGCGUGAAGGCGACGGCUGUCACAAGCCACUCAAGUGGCGAGAUCCCCGCUGCCUAUGCUGCUGGCCUCCUAGAUCUACGCGAGGCUGUCGCUAUUGUUUACGCUCGAGGUGCUUUCCUCGAGUCUCUCCAGAAGGAGGCUCACUAUCGUGGCGGCAUGAUCGUCGCCGGGAUAGGGCGCGAGGAGGCCGAUGCGUUGAUAGACGGGAUGGGCGUUACUGGCCAGGCUGUCGUAGCCUGCGUUAACAGCCCUGCCAGCGUUACCAUCUCUGGCGACCAGGUCGCCAUCGCAAAGCUGGAGAGCAAGCUCGCGGAGGAUAAGAUCUUCGUCCGAGCCCUGAAAGUCCCCGUCGCCUAUCAUUCUCAUCACAUGGAGCCCGUCGCUGCCGAUUACUUGGCUGCCCUCAACAGGGUGUUGAGCACUAAGCGCCCAUUCAACGACGUGCUUUACUAUUCUCCCGUAACCGGGACCAGGAUACAUGAUGCAUCAGAAAUAGACCCCGGACACUGGGUUCGCAACAUGUUACAACGUGUCGAAUUCGUGAACGCCUUGAGUGCAAUGUGUCUCUCUCCAGACACUCCUGGGGAGAGGAUCAUCGACACUAUUCUUGAGGUUGGCGCACAUGGCGCGUUGGGCGGGCCUAUUCGUCACACGUUCCAGCUUCCAGAGUUGAAGGAUCUCGGAAUCACUUAUGAUUCCUGUCUCUGGCGUGGGAAGAACGCUAUUACCACCAUGCACGACCUCGCGGCGUCACUCGUAGCCAAGGGCUAUCCUGUCGAUCUGGACGCCGUCAACUUCCCCCAGGUCACCAAGCUCCGGCCCCUCAGCAAUCUUCCGCCAUACUCGUGGAACCAUCGCACACGACAUUGGUAUGAAUCUCGCAUCAACAAGGCUCACAGAACCCGAGAGACACCGAAUCACGACCUUCUCGGAUCGCGAUUGCUAGGGUCGAGUCCCUACAACCCUACGUGGAGACAUUUCAUCAGGCCUGCCGAGGUCCCGUGGGUCAGGGAGCACAGAGUACAGUCUGAUAUCGUCUACCCGGGAGCUGGUCUAGUCAGCAUGGCUCUCGAAGCCAUGCGCCAAGUAACAAGCUCGAGCAAGGUUCCCGUUGCCGGGUUCAGGUUGAGGAAUGUCGAGAUCUUGCACGCCUUGGUCAUUCCCGACACUGCGCGAGGAGUAGAGGUGCAACUCACGCUGAACGAGGAGGACGGCAAAACACUUGGUCUUCAGGGUUGGAGAGAGUUCUCGAUCCGCUCUGUUUCGGACGAGACUUGGAUUGAGCAUUGUAAGGGACUGAUUGCGCCCCAAUGGGCGGAGACCGACAAGCUAGACCUUGGCAUCUCCCACGACGAGCAACAACUUACCGCGGAGGACCCCGAUGCCGUAUUCGAGUUCUUCCGCUCCGUCGGCAUCCACCACGGCCUUGCCUUUCGAAAUCUGCUCGCUGUUAAAGCAAGCCAGGGUCGGUCUGUUACCACGUUGGCAGUGGCUGACUCGGCCGCUUCCAUGCCUGGCGCGACUCAGAGCGAGCACUUAGUCCACCCCACCACCCUUGACUCCGUUAUCGUGGCCGCCUACACGUCGGUGUCGGGCCGUGGAACUACACGCAAGUCUGCUAUGGUCCCUAGGUCCAUCAAAGAGAUGUUCAUAUCGACCGACAUUUCUCGUACGCCCAAGGACCUUUUACAAGUUCAUUCUAGCCUUCUUCAGGAUAGCCAGCAGGGUUUCCAUGCCUCUGUGGUGGUUCGAAGUUGGCCGACAUCCACGGUGGCUAUCGAGAUUGAUGACUUACAAUGUGUUUCCAUCGGCGAAGUCAGGUCUUCUGAGACCGACGAUGCUAACAAGUGUCUCAAGAUCGACUGGGCAGAAGACCUAUCCCUAGUCUCCAUUCCCGACUUAGUAGAGAGACUAAAAGCUGCACCUGACGCGCACGAGGUUUCGAUAUCCCAAGACUUAUAUCGGGCCUGUUUCUACUUCUUUCAUGAUGCUGUUGCAGCCUUGUCACCGUCUGAUGUGGAAGGCCUCCUGUGGUACCACAAGAUAUACUAUGAGUGGAUGAAGCUUCAAAUAUCCAGCCAGCCCAAGGCGUCACAGUGGCUUAGCUCGUCCCCUGAGGAGAGAGAAGUAUUGCUGAAAAGGGUCGCUUCUGCUAGCACUUCUGGAGAGAUGGUGUGUCGUGUCGGACAUCAACUUGCAGGCAUUCUCCGACAGGAGAUAGCACCGUUAGAGCUGAUGCUUGAGAACCAACUACUCUACAGCUACUACCAGAACGCCCUGCAUAUCGGGUCUUCAUAUCAGCAGGUAAACAAAAUUGUCGACUUGUUCGCACAUAAGAAUCCGUCUGCUAGGAUCCUCGAGAUUGGAGCGGGCACUGGCGGGUGCACCAAACAUGUGAUAAAUGCCCUGGGUGGGGGAGCGGCAGGGGGCAUCGCUCGGUUCUCACAUUACGAUUUCACGGACAUCUCCAUCAACUUCUUUGAAGAAGCCAGGAAAAUGUUUUCUUCGUGGGGAGAACUCGUUGAUUAUCGAAAACUCGACAUUGAGGCUGACCCGGCCAGCCAAGGGUUCGAGGAGGGUUCAUAUGACCUUGUCGUAGCAUGCCAAGCUCUUCAUGCAACCAAGAAUAUGGACAACACAAUGGCCCACGUUCGAAAGCUGUUGAAGCCUGACGGCAAGCUGAUAGUGGUCGAGACGACACAAGAUAGCCCUGACAUCCAGUUGAUUUUCGGAGUCCUGCCAGGAUGGUGGCUCAGUGAAGAGCCAGAGCGCAAACAUAGUCCGUCUCUGACCCCUAGCUUCUGGGACACCGUCCUUAAGAGGACUGGCUUCAGUGGGAUCGACCUUCGCGUCAGAGACUGUGAAGAUGACGAGAAAUACGUGAUUGACGUUAUCAUGUCUACAGCAUCACCCGACGCGGCUCCAGAUGUUGCAAUGUCGCCUUCACGCCAAUUGGUCUCGGUGACCUGCGCUGAGCAGGACAAGAUCCACGCGCAAUGGCUAGGUCAACUACUUACAGAAAUCCGAGCCAGCACAAGCUACGAGCCAAUAGUGGAAGACAUCGAGAGCCUCGACCCUGAUGGCAAGUUCGUCAUCCUCCUCGACAGUGUGAAGAACUCUAUCCUAGAGUCGCCUACGAGCUCCCAGUUCCGGCUGGUGAAGUCCCUAGUAACCAGGGCCCAGGGCGUCCUAUGGACUUCCUAUGGUGGGACUGUGGACUGCGAGAACCCAGUCUCUGCUCUACACUCUGGCUUCCUGCGCACCCUUAGGUGCGAGAAUGUGGGCAAGAGAUACGUGUCUGUGGAUCUUGAAUUUCGCGAGGGUAACCCGUGGACCGCCAAAGCGGCGCAAGCCGUUGUCCAGGUGUUAUCAAAAACGUUUGACUUGAGUCGGGCCUCUAACUCUAUCGAUUUUGAAUACUCCGUAAGGGGGGACUCGGUCUUAAUACCACGAGUGUAUGAUGAUGAGAAGAAGACUGAAGACUUGGCUGUGCUGAGCAAUAAGACCGCCACCAUCGAGACACUACCUUUCUACCAACAAGGCCGCGAGCUCCGACUAGAGGUAGCAAAACCAGGCAUGUUAGACAGUUUAACGUUCUGCGAUAAUCCGGAGGCGUUCGAAGACCUCCCAGAGGGAUUUGUCGAAAUUGAGCCCCGUGCUUUCGGUCUCAACUUCCGGGACGUUAUGGUCGCCAUGGGCCAGCUCCAAACGAAGGUGAUGUGUUUUGAGUGCAGCGGUAUCGUCACGAAGCUAGGCCCCGGAGUUUCGCUGGAAAACGGACCUCAAGUCGGAGACCGCGUCAGUGCAUUGCUACGCGGGCAUUGGGCCAACCACACCCGAACACACUGGACAAGUGUUACCAAGAUCCCUGAUACCAUGGCCUUCGAGACCGCUGCAUCGAUUCCUGUCGUAUUCGUGACGGCCUACUACUCACUUCACACCCUAGCCAAUAUCCGAAGAGGAGAACGAGUCCUGAUCCAUUCCGCAGCUGGAGGUGUUGGCCAAGCAGCCAUCCAACUUGCCCAACUCGCGGGCGCCGAGAUUUUUGCGACGGUUGGUUCCUUAGAAAAGGAGGACUUCAUCGCUACGCAGUACGGCAUUCCUCGCGAAAAUAUUUUUUCCAGCAGAAACGUCUCCUUUGCUCAACACGUGCGGCAGCGUACGAAUGGUCGUGGCGUCGAUGUUGUCCUGAACUCCUUAGCUGGAAAGAUGCUACACGAGACAUGGGCAUGCAUCGCGCCAUUUGGCAGAUUCGUCGAGAUUGGUAAGAGGGACUUUGAGCAGAACAACAGUUUACAAAUGGCGCCUUUCGUGAAGGCAACUUCAUUCUUCGCUGUCGACUUAUUCCAGAUGGGGCUGUACAAGCAGGAUGCUACCUUUGAGGCCUUCACUGCCGUCAUGGACCUCUUCCGGGAUAAUCGCCUUCGGCCCAUUGCGCCUGUGACUGCGUACCCUAUCUCGCAACUUGAGAAAGCCUUCCGGACGAUGCAGGUUGGCAAGCAUCUAGGGAAAAUUGUCAUCAUCCCGCACGCAGAUGAUGAAGUGAAGGUGAGAAGAGGUCGGGUCAGACUGGAUCCAAAGGCGUCUUACCUCGUCGUUGGCGGCGUUGGUGGCAUAGGAAAAUCCAUCGUCUGGAGGCUGGUCGGGCUUGGAGCUAAGAACCUGAUUCUCGUGUCAAGAAAUGCCGAGUCAACCGAGAACAACUCGUUCUUGGACGAGCUGAAGACGAAGGGAAUUAACGUGUUGGCCCGGAGCGUCGAUGUAGCAGACUCUGUAGCAUUGGCAACGGCUGUCGCAAGGAUUGACUCUUCGAUGCCACAGUGCAAAGGUGUAAUUCAAGCUGCGAUGGUUCUCCAGGACUCAAUCGUAGAAAACAUGACGCACGAGAACUAUCUCGCGGCAGUCCGGCCUAAGGUCCAAGGCACUUGGAAUCUCCACAACCAAUUCCAAGGCCUUGACUUCUUCGUCAUGCUGUCUUCCCUUGUAGGUGUCGGCGGCAACUCCAGCCAGUCCAACUACGCAGCCGGCGGAUCAUUCCAGGAUGCCGUAGCAAGACAUCGCAGCUCGAAGGGUCUUCCGGCGGUAUCUCUCGACCUAGGCAUGAUUGCCUCAGUCGGAUAUGUUGCUCGAACCAGUGGUGUCAAGGAUCGCUUAGCUAGACAAGGAUACAAGCUUGUCAGCGAAGACGAAGUUCUCCGGCUCGUCGAGGAUUCCAUCGCCAGACCUUAUCGUCAGCAGGGUCAGAGUCAAGUCCUUAUUGGCAUAUCUACAGACAUGGAAACCGUCAGCCGUGAUGACUCCCCCUUCGUCGCGGAUGUGCGAUUCUCGGGGCUGAUGCGAGAAUCGUCAUCACGGAGUGGCGGGGGCUCUUCCAACGGUAAAGACGGCGGCGCGUCAUCUGCGCAGGAUCUAUCAAGUAGCAUCGCCGGCGCAGAGUCGUUGGAGGCAGCUGUGGAAAGCGUGAGCAGAGCCAUAGCUGUCAAGAUGGCGGGCAUGUUCGGCUUGCCCGAGGAGGAGGUGAGCCCGACGGCGCCAAUGUCUCAGUACGGCGUGGAUUCGCUCGUGGCGGUUGAGCUGCGCAACUGGCUAUCAUCGGCGACGCAGAGCGAGGUGUCGGUUUUUGAAAUCAUGCAGAGUAAGUCGCUGAAAAGCCUUGCUGCCGUUGCGUGCAAUAAAAGUAGGCUGAGGCCAAAGGAGCUUCAGCCGGCUGAGUAA